UGCCACGGGACUGAGGUUUCGAGGGUCUGUUGGUGAGGGAACCCUGGGACGUUUGCGAAACAGUGAAUUUUGCUGGGAAUCAGCUCAAACGGGGAGAGACUCAGAGCGGUCUGACAGGAGCCAGCGUCGAAUUCCUGUUCUAAUAAUACAGUUUUCUCAGGAUGAAUCAAAUGGUGUUGAGUCUUUUCUGUGUUGGAGUGGGCAAACUGAAUUCAAAAAGCUCAACAGAAGCUCAACACUGAGGUGCAGACCACAUUUCCUCCUGGAAUAAGGCAACAGUCUCAGGAGCAAUUGAUGAUACAAAGGACAAUGCACAGUGUAUAUCAUGGUGACAUUUUGUGUGCUAUGACAUGGUUUUUGCCAUGGCAUCCGAGACUGAAAAGGCCCAUGCUCUUCUCCAGACUUUCAGUACAGCUUCAGUCAUUUCAAGUCUAGGUUUGGGAAUAUUCUGCUUUGUAGUAGACAGACUUCUGCAGUUUUCCUUCAUUCAGCAAAAUGACUGGCUCCGAGCCUUCUCUGAUAAUGCAGUGCAUGGUAUACUGGGAAUGUGGUCCUGGGCAAUAGUGAUUGGACUGAGGAAGAAAAGUGACUUCACUGAGGUCACUCUGGCUGGAUUCCUCGCCUCUGUCAUUGAUGUGGACCACUUCUUUUUUGCUGGCUCCCUGUCGUUAAAGGCUGCUCUGACUCUUCCACAGAGGCCACUGCUUCAUUGCUCUACUGUGAUUCCUGUUGUGGCUUUGACAUUAAAGUUUAUUAUGCACCUUUUCAGGCUUAAGGAUUCAUGGUGCUUUCUUCCCUGGAUGUUGUUCAUAUCCUGGACUUCUCAUCAUGUCCGUGAUGGGAUUCGUCAUGGCCUCUGGAUCUGCCCAUUUGGAAAAACUCCUCCUUUGCCAUAUUGGCUGUAUGUGGCAAUUACAGCAUCUUUACCUCAUCUAUGUUCAUUCAUUAUGUAUUUAACAGGCACUAGAGAAUUAAUGUCUAUAAAGCAUGGAAUCCACAUUGAUGUGUAAGAAUGAUACCUCCAAAAGGUUCUUUGUAUUGGCCCUUGACAGGAUUUCUGACUGGGGUAUUUUCUGUAUCUUUCUUGCGACAUCUGAGUCGGGGA